CCAGAGACACUGCGCUGGAGAUCGUUAGCAAGCAGGCCAGCAGAAACAGGAGAGGGGGCAAGAAAAUCUAAAUACAUGGAUAUGUUACCACCACCAGCUCAAGUCCAGAAGAUCCCCCCUUUCGUCAGUUUGAUUUCCCUGCAAAACGCUGAUGGUUCCUGGAAUCUUACCCCAGAAUUCUGCUCCAUUCUGGGAAUAUCAGAGCAGGACAUUAUUAACAAGAAUCCAGAUCAGAAUAUGGACUCAUCAGUAUGGGCGACGGUCUUGGCGGUGAUCUGGCUCCAUGCAUCUUGUCUGGACCAGAGAGAGGAAUGGGAAUUACUGGAAGGUAAAGCCAUCUCCUGGCUUAAGGCUAAAGCAGGUUCCUCCUUGGAUCAGGUGGUCAGAGCUGGAAAUGAUCUGCUGAAAUCCUCUCUGAAUCCUAAUGUGUUUGGCCUGCGAGAGGAAGAAUGAAGAUGGCGGAGGUCUUCGGGUACGACCACACGGUCAGGUCUCUGCAUGCAAUUUUGGAAGCCAAAAUCAGUAGUGGA